CCAUCAAUUUCUCUGAUUAUCUUCUGACCCCGUCUUCUACACCGAUGUAACCACCAAGGACCCCAUCCAACAUUUCCACCCAUCCCGCUUCGACGCCCGUGACUCGGCCUUCCAAUCCCACCCGCAGAUCCCUUCAAUCGGUGUUUGCGGUUCAAAACCUCAUCUCCCCGCCGUCGUGGAAACGCGGAAGCGGACGACGACCUUAUCACCCAUGGCCACCGGUUCGAUCCUCGAAACCCCAGUCUUGCUCAGAGAACCGUCCAAAUUUCGGCCUCGCCCUAAUCCUUUCUUCCACAAAUUCCAAUCCCGAUUGCCUCUCUCUCUUCCCACGAGCCAUAAAUUCAUGAGAGUUUCUAUCCAAUCCGUCCCAAAUCCUAUGGCGGCGCUCCGGCCAUGCGCUGCCGCUGCGUACUCCUCCCUGGAGGAGCGGAACAAAUUCGCGAGGGCGGUUCUUGAAACCCUAAGAGCGCUGAGGAAAUCGGCGAUCGCCGUCAUCUUUCUAGGGUUCCUCCUGACGGCCGAUCCACUUCCCGCCCUCGCGGCCUCCGGGGGAAGGAUGGGAGGAAGUGCCUUCUCUUCUUCUUCUCGGUCCCAUUCUUCUUCUUCUUCUUCUCGGUCUCAUUCUUCUUCUUCUUUGCAUUCUUAUUCGAGACCCUCAAUCUCUAGCUUCUCGUACUCUGUUCCGUACUACGCUCCUUCUCCGUUCGGUGCAGGAGGAGGUUUAGUUCGGGCCGUCGGGGUGGGCUUCAACUCGGAGGGUGGAUUCAUCCUCCUUAUGUUUUGUUUUGCGGCAGUUAUUUUGCUGGCUGGAAUUAUUUCGGACCAGAGGGAUGGUGGCAGCGUCCUCGCUGACACCCAGAAGACGAGUGUCCUCAAACUUCAGGUCGGCUUAUUGGGCAUGGCACGGUCACUUCAGAAGGAUCUUGAUCGGAUUGCUGAAACUGCAGACACAUCUACUCCAGAGGGGUUGAGCUAUGUGUUGACAGAGACAACAUUAGCUUUGCUUCGACAUCCAGAUUGCUGUAUUUCUGCCUACUCAUCGGUUGAUGUAAAACGGACUAUAGAAGGUGGGGAGAAACGUUUCAAUAAGCUUUCAAUUGAGGAGCGAGGUAAAUUUGAUGAAGAGACACUUGUCAAUGUAAACAACAUUAAAAGGCGGAAAACAACCAGCCAGAGAUCAAAGGGUUUCAGCAAUGAGUAUAUUGUGAUUACAAUUCUGGUUGCUGCUGAGGGUGUAUAUAAGCUACCUGUUAUUAAUGGGAGUGCAGACUUGAAGGAGGCACUGCAAAAGCUGGCAUCUAUACCCUCCCGUAAAACUCUGGCUGUUGAGGUGCUGUGGACCCCUCAGAAUGAAAAUGAUGCACUUUCAGAGCGGGAGCUGCUCGAAGACUACCCCCUCUUGAGGCCCCUGUAAGGGGAGCUGCUCUGAGCUGCCCUUCAUAGCCAGGUGGUUCAUGUAAAGAAAAAUGUUAAUAGAUAAAUGUGAUCAAAAACUAGGAUAUGCAGUACAUUAUCAAAAAAAAAAAACUAGGAUAUGCAUCUCACAAAACGGGAUUUUUCUAAUGGAGGACAUGCAGAACUCUAUUGACACAGUAAUUUGUUACAAUAUGUUAGGUCCUGGAUCACUGCUAGCAUGCCAGUAAUAUGUGAGUGUAGUCAUUCAUUAUUCUUGGCUUGGUUUUCUUGAUUCUGAAACUCAGCAGCAAUGGCAAACAUGGGGCAACUUGUGCA